GGUCGGGGGCGGGGGCGGGUUUGGUUAAAGUGAGGAGCAAAGCGAUCAAGCACCCGGAAACAUGAGCUGAUUUGUGUAGAUCAUACCUGUCCACAAUGCCUGGUCUCUUCCCGCGGCUGUCGUUGCGCAAGAGAGGAAGGAAGAGGAUAAACUCUGACCACUGCGCCGGAGCGAGAGAGCGUGGAAACGAAGCACAGAAACGUGGUGCAAAAAGCGGACACGAUUGGCAAACAGCUCGAAAAAGGGGGCACAGCGAACUGGCGCUGAAAGAGCGUCCUUGGGCAAGAAUCGCAAACGUGGAACCCUUCCAGGGGGGGAUGUUGCGUCCUGUGUCUGAUGAUGCGGAGGAGAGGGGAUGGGCAAGGAACACGACUCGCAAGCAGUGAAACUCAGGACGCCAAGAAGGGGGAGGGAUUCUGUAUUACGGGUAAAACUUUCGCAAAAUCGAACGAGAUCCCACAUCGUCGAAACGGGCGCUCUGCCGAGAUGCGAGCCAAGAGAAGCCCUGGCAGCGGGAGACUGGGGGGGUGCUCGGGGGCUCUGCGGCAAAGGACCAUCUCCGCCGCUGCAAAGUCCAGCCCCCAACUCUAUCCGGCCUUCGGGUCGUUAAAAACGGCAACAAGGGUUUGCUCACAUGGAUGGAUGGAUCCGAACCGCGUGACGCCCAACUUCGCCGCAGAACCAUCCGGGCGCGUAUAUUCUGCCUUGCGUAACCCGGACGGCACCGGCAAUCCGACAACAGAUCUGAGAGGCCUUUCUCAUCAACCUCUUUCCGUCCGAAAAUCCAGCGGCAAUCGGGUGAUUCUCAGGUCCCUGGAACGACGACGACCUGUUGGUUCGACCUCUGCAUGGAUCGGGGUCGAGGUGACUGAAUGCGGAACCGCUGCGUAUGGGAAUGAAUGAUCAGACCGAUCUCCCGGGAAGACAGGGUAUAGAAGGUGGGUAAUGGCGCCAUUUUCGAAGGGGAAAAGCCAGCGCUGCUUCAUGUUCUUCAUUCGUGGGCCUG